ACCUAGCGGAGGAAGCUUUUGAGGAGAUGUACCGACAAAAUCCCUCCCUCCGUCCCGACGGUCUGAUGGGAGGAAAUGGCCGUUCUCUAGUUCUGAACGCGGUGCCUCUCUAGACGAUGGUCACCAUUGCAUCGUUGUCCCGGGCGCCGCCUCUGAGGGGAAAUAAUUCGAAGGCCGCCAAGAGAAAAAUCCGGAAAUCCCUACCCGUUACCGCACUGAAAACAGGUCCAAUCACAAAUACGGGUUGUCUACUGUUAGACGUUGACUUUGACGAGGCCCUUCGCUUCGUGGGGGAGGGGUAUACUGUACGCCGACCGCACGCGACUAACCACAUCUUCUCUAUGACUUUCCCCGACGCCGAGGUUGGGGUGCAUGUGUCGUCCAUGCGCUAUGGUCUCCGAUUUUCUCGUCACGAGCUGAUAGUCCAGUUCUUGAACUUCUACUGCCUUCUCCCCGGCCAGCUCAGUCCCCACUCCUACUAUUGCUUCUCGACCUUCCUGAUCAAGUGCCAUCUGAAGGGAGUCCCCUGGUCACUGGAUCUGUUUAGGUACAUGUUCAAGGUCUCCCGGAUCGGUGCACGUGAGGGAAAUUCGUAUGCCGUUGUGUCCUCUCAGAACGAGUGCGGUAUGGUCGUCGUCCCCAUAUCCCUCAAACUCUGGAAGGCAAAGUUUGUCUUCAUCCCUGGCUUUCUUGGGGCCCGGCACCCUUUCCAAGCCAGGUUCCCUGAGUGUCACUCCUUUAACCUUGCGAAGGUGGGGACCCUAAUCUCCCUCGAACGACAGUUCGAGUUGGCCAAGGCCGUGCAAGGGGGUCGUCCCAAGCAUGGGCUCGAAGAGACUGCCUCGGGCCUGUCAAUGGAGGAAUCUGAGGAAGUGGACGAGGACGAGGAGAUUGAGGCCGAUGAGGAGUCCGGACAGCCGUCCUACUCCGAGGACGCAGCUGACGCGGAGCCUUCCGAAGGGGAUAUUUCCAGGUCUACUUCGAUCAUUCCUGACCUGGAAGUGGUUCUGACCCGGAACAAGAGGAGGAGAAAAACCCUCCAAGUCAAGGAGGAAGAGGCUGUGUCCGAGCAGGACGUGGUUCUGACCCAAAGUCUCCCGGCAAAGCGUCCGGUCGUUCCCGAGGAUGGGAAGUUCUCCGCCCUCCUCGACGAGAGUGGUAGGGACGUUCAAGCUGAAGCCGAGGCCGCAUCCCUGACCACGGUGUCGACGAAGCUGAGUCUCAUCAAAGAGCGCCGAGCCGGGGCUGAGUUCUUCUUAGGGGUGAACUUCUUGGCCUCGGUGGAGGCAGAACUGUCCCGUCUAAGGAAGCUGGCGGCCGCCGAGCAUGAGCAGGUUGCUGAGCUAGAGAUGCAAGCUGUGACGAAGUCCGAGGAAGUGGUCAGGUUGCAUGGCCUGUUGAGAGAAUCGGAGGAGUCGACUUCCCAACUGACGACUUCCAUGGCCGAGCUUGAGGGGAAGCUGCGCCAAUCCGAGGGGCGAAUAGCUGAGAUGGAUGUUGAGUUGGCCGAGGCCAUUUCCCUGCAGCGAUCUUUGGAAGCAGAGCGGGAUCAGGCAUUCGCCGAGAAGGAGGAAGCCGUCGCCGAGAAGGAAAGAGCUUUUUCCAACUUCCUCCAGUCCCCAGCCUUUAAGGAGGCGUGCAUGGACAAGUUCGUUGAGUACUAUGACAGCUGGAUUGAGACCGAGGCCGACAUAAAGAAGAUUGGGAAUGAGGGGCCGAGAUGGAUCGAGGCCGGCGUCUAUUACGGGAUCCAGCUUGUCCUUCAGCGGUUUAGGAGAGUGGAUCCAUCUUUCCCUCCGCCCGGGGUCGAUAUCCCAUAUAUGCAUGACCCUAGUCUGAACGGCGAGCUCGGUUCCAAUCCAGAUUACUUUGGGACACCCGAGCGUGAGGACGAGAACGCCGAUGCCGCGGGCGAAGAUCAUCCCUCGGACUGCCCCUCAGAGACCUUUCCUUAGUGUUUUUCCUUUAUAAUUUUUGAAGUUUGCAUCCCUUGUAUUAAACAAAGAUAUUUGCGUACUAUUCAGUUGCAUGCGUGCACAGUGAAUUGAUUUCCUUCUUACAUCAUUUAUUUGAUUUAAUUUAAAUUGCGCCUUUUGAGGAUUUGACUCUCUAGCUUCCCCAUAAAACAGACCCAACCACUGGACCGUCGCACUGUUUUGUCCAAGUGGCACUGUGCCCCGUUUCAUUCCAACCACUACGACUGUUCACAUGCCUUAUCCCUUUGUGAUUGGGCCUAUAAAUUAACCCUUCCCUU